AUGAUAACUCCAUAUAAAACAAUAUUGUUGAUUAUAUUUGUAAUCGACAAAUUCAUCAUAGCAAGAUGUUUAUCAUCAACGACUAUUAUCAUCGAUGUUGACAAAAGUAUUGCUCUUCACAAAAUUGGUGUAUAUGAUGAAAAAUAUCAAGAAUCAAUUUUUCACAUAUUUAUACCGUAUAACAAUUUAUGUAUCGAUUCGCCAAACUCUGACGUUUGUGAAUAUAUUCAAUCGGCAAGUCCUGAUAUUGCUGAAGUCGGAACAAUUUUACCGUAUGUUAAUACACUAUCAACAUCGUAUAAUGGAGAAAAUAUUUCUUAUAAUAUUCAAGAAGAUAUUCGACGAUUUUUUUUAUAUCAUAAAGUCGAUAAGUUUAUUGGAAAAUCGAAAUCAAUUAUCUAUUUCAUUGAUUAUCAUUUUUAUGUAACACCUAGUACGACUAAAUCCAUAACGGCACCUACUUUUUCUCUUAAUAUUACUCAAUUAGCACUUAUACCUCGUGCAAUUAAUCCAGCAACGCUAGUUGUUGAACAAGUAUUCAACAAUAAAGUUGGUUAUAAUUUUUUAACUGAUGAACAAAUCAAAGAUAUUUUAGCAUUAAAUGAUUCAGUAUUGUAUACAUAA